GAGACUUCAGAUUUCUUCAAUCAGUUUGAGGUGGUUUCAGGUCCGGAUUUGUGUGAAUUUAUGAUCAAGAAACUGGACAAAAAGAAAGAAAAACAACUUGCCAUCGAACACAGAGCCGCUCUUCAAGAACAGCUUCGUCAAGAAGACGAGCCCGCAAUGGCUCUUCAUCUUGUAACGGUCUUACUAUUCCAGCACUUCACUUCUGUUCCUAUCCACGCCCCUGGCCGAUGUGUCCCACAAAUCAUUUCGUUCCUCGCUUCUCAUUUGACCCCCGAACAGCAAGAGACGUUGACUCGGUACCAGUCCCUUGUAGUGAAGCGUCUGACAGGUGGUCCAGUUACGGACGAGAGUGAGCCGGGUGAAGAAGAGGCUUGCGAGAAAAGCGCUGGUGCCCUUUUAGAAGAAAAACUCCAAGAAAUCAAAAAUAUGGCGUUGAAUAUUAAGAAAUCUAACAACAAAGAAGAAAAAUAACCAACAUACCAAUAAAAUCAAUGCAAAUUUAGAAAAUCA